GAGAGAGAGAGAGAGAGAGAGAGAGAGAGAGCAGUACGGUUAUUUCUCCCAGGCUCCGGUCGAGCCUGUGUGGUCUAUAGAGCUGGGAUGUCCUCACUCAUACACUGUUGCUAAGGAAAUGGAUGACUUGAAUGGAUCCGUGGUCCGGGCUGAAUUUCCCUUUCAGUGUGUGACUGUGUGUGUUUACAGGAAUCACUGCGAACAACGUGACGCGUCACCGACAGCUCUGCACCAGCCGGGUCCGGUGGAGCCGCAGCUGAAGAGCUGAGGAACUGAGGAUUUGACUGACAGCUGGUAAACUACCAAGGGAGGGGAGAGAGGCGGCUGGGCAGUGGGGUCGACGAGCCUGGCUGGUGCUGGGUGAAUGCUGCCUGGCGAGGACAAGGGCUGAGGCGGCAGCGGCAGCAUCAUCUUGUAAAGGAGCAUGGCAUCCACGGGCAUGCAGAUAUUUGGAUUUGUCCUGGCACUGUUGGGCAUCAUGGGUGCCAUGGUGGCCACUCUGCUGCCCAACUGGAAGGUCAGCGCAGAUGUGGGCUCCAACAUCAUCACAGCGAUCUCCCAGAUGCAGGGACUGUGGAUGGACUGCACAUGGUACAGUACAGGGAUGUUCAGUUGCACACUUAAAUAUUCUGUGCUUUCACUACCUGCGUAUUUGCAGACUGCCCGCACCACCAUGGUGCUGUGCUGCGUACUGGCUGCCAUGGGCCUCUGCCUUGCAUCCCUGGGACUCAAAUGCACACGUUGGGGAGGUGGACGGCGCUCCAAACGGCAUGCUGCAAUUGCCAGUGGUGGCUGCUUUGUCGCUGCAGGCUUUCUGUGUCUGGUGCCUGCUUCCUGGUUUACCAACGAGGUCAUCACCAACUUCCUGGACUCCAGUGUGCCAGAGAGCAAUAAGUUUGAGCCUGGGGGUGCUGUGUACGUGGCCUUUGUUUCGGCAGGAUUCCUCUUAAUGGGGGGGUCCAUCUUCUGCAUGUCCUGCUCGGGGAAGAGGCAUGGCCCCCAGGACCUGGUCCUGCUCCCUCCUCCCGACAAAUUGCUGCUACAGCAGCAGCAGCAACAGCUGCUCCAGCAGCAGGAGCUCCAGCACCAGUACUGCUCUCUCUCCCCAUUAGACAAUAAGACUGGCUACAGCCUGCAGGACUAUGUGUAAUAAAGCAGCGCUGUGUACGCUUCAGCUUAAGGGAGAGGAGCCUGGGGGGAAACCAUCACGGCUUAUGCUAGACACAAGGCUCUACUCCAGAUGGAGGUGGAGAAAAAAUGAGAGAGGAGGGCAACAACUUUGAAUUCAUUUUUUUUCCCUUCUCUUGUAUCUUUGCUCCUCUCUCUUUUUUUUCUUUUCUGCAAGCACAAGCAGUGGAGGUAUUCCCGAAGCAGCGCCUUGGAACAAACAGUGUGAAUGUGUAAGGAGCCAGGAUAAGGUGCUGCAGAAUCGAAGGAAGCCGCUAACCAAAUGCAGACAUCCUUCAUCAGUAAAUCAGAGAAAGAGUUCCCUGGGGAAUGGAUUAAGCAAAUAAGGAAGCCUUCCGUGUAGAUUUUUUUCCUCGCCAAAGGUUUGAAUUAAAAGAAAAAAGCAAUCAUUUAGCUGCUAUUUACAAUCGUUUGGAACCCUCCCAUUUGACAAAAUAGGCAAUAUAAUGCCUGAAAGCAGUAGGUGGAAACCCUACCCCCCCCAUAGCAAGCCAUUGUAGUUUUUCGUAUACUUAUCCACUAGAAUGCUAUGUGGAACUGAUUGAGAUAAAUGGUCAUAUUUUUGUUAGCUACUAGAAUGACGUUGAUAUUUUGCCUCUAAAGCAUGCUGUGUGGAGCCUGUCUGUGUAUUAAUACAGCGGAAUGCCUGGUAGAAGACUGAGACAUAGCCACACAAUAUGCCUGUGCCUGAAAAGCUGUAGAAACAUUACCCUGCUGUAACUGUUCAAAGAGGACUGUCAGGAGGAGUAGACGUGGGCUGCUGGGCUGGAUGUGAGACAGAAAAUGCAGACAAACAGAUGCCUGCUUCUCUCUCUGCGGGGUGGAAAUAUGAGAGAGAUGGAGAGAAACUGAUAGAAGGAGACUCAAUCCUUCAGCAGAGUGGACUCUCUGAUAUGCUGUUUUCAUAUUCUCAUCCAAACCAAAAAAAAAAACAACAAAAAAACAACCUGUCUGUAAGUAGCAGCUAACCCAUCCCAAUCCAUCUACCCAUUCCUGGCACAAAAACACCA